CAUUGUGCAAUCAUUUAUAGACCACAAGUUGUAAUAAACAUAUCAAACAAUGCAUAUCAUUGGAAAGCUUAGACCCUUUAGAAUGCAUUUAGCACCAUAUUAGACAGAUUCAAACACCGUAUAUGUGCUAAAUCAUCAAUUUAUGUCAUAAUGUCAUGUUUCAAAAUUCACCCCUUCAACACCCCCGUUUUCAGUGCCUCGCUACCUUUCUGUCGGCAAUAAACAUCAAAAACAUGGAUGAAUCCUUUCAUGGCUGGUACCAAAAUGUCCGUGAGAUUCCAAAGAAUCCGAAUAUAGGUCGCUUUGUGGUGGUAUUUCAACCACACUUGAUGUAAUUCCACUAAAACAAAACAUUUUCUUUUUGAAAUAAUCGGACUACAAACUUUUUUUUUGUCAACAACGGGCUGUACUCUCUCUCUUCCGCGGUGGAGCCUGCAUUGGCGGUAUCCCACGUGGUCCUUAGACUGUGUGGGUUAAAACAAGCCAAUCCACGAGUCGGGGGGAGGUUCCUACCCAGAGCUACACCGCUGAGAAACCAACUAGGUGCUUCUGUUUUUUUUGUGACACCCUUGCUUUGAUUGACUGUAGCUUCGCCGAAUCAGAAGCUAGAAAGAAGACGACAGCACGUGCUUGUAACUGGGAAACACAGCUUUCCAACGCACUAUGGCAAGCCAGCCCAUCCCCCACAGAGGCGGAGACAAGCGGCUGCGUACCGUGAGUGCACUCUCAUUCGCUCAGCGUGCGUAAAGAGAUUACUUUAGAGAAGCCGGCGCGAGCAGUACAAACUCACUUCCAGACGCUUCCCAGUUAGUUUUUUGUUUAUUUUGAUUUAUUUCAAAAUGCCAAAACGACAAAAGAAGUCCAAACACAUGGAAACAGAACCUGAAGAAGCAGCUGGGCCGUCAGCAAUGUCUGUAUCGCUUCAAGAGGAGGGGGAAACAAACCCGGAUAUCAUUGAAAGUGAGGACAGCGAAAAUUCCGAAGCAUUCCAGGACUUUCUGGAAGGCAGGGAUCGCAAUUUCGAAAGUGACAGUGAUGAGGAAUGGCAGCCCAAGGUCUCCAGGGGGAGAAAAAGAAGCCGGGAGGGAGGAGAUGGUGACGAAGAGGAAGAGGAAAAUGCUGGACCUUCACAAAAGAGGGUAGCAGCCAGAGCCCGAGGGAGAGGCAGCGCCAGAGGCCGAGGGAGAGGGAGAGGCCAAGGCCAAGCGUCAGCAGAUGCUGAGGAGGAUGCCAGGCCUUGGCUGGAUGAGAAUACAGAGGACCACUUGCCAACUCAGCCCACCUUUCGUCCAGCACGGACACCUGGCCCACUGCUCAUCCAAGGAGCAGUAUAUACCACACUACAGCUCUUCAGACUGUUUUUCACAGACACUCUACUGCGCACCUUGUUACAAAACACAAAUAAGUUUGGGUCCCAACAUCACGGUAACAAAUGGAGUGACAUUAGCAUUCCGGACAUUUUUUCCUACCUGGCCGUUUAUAUGGGAAUGAUACCAUUGCCUGCAAUUACGGACUACUGGAGACGUGACGAAUUGUACAACAUACCCUUUCCAAAAAUCAGUGAUAUCUGGAAAGAAAUUUCAACUAAUAGGCACAGCCAUACACAGUUUGCACAAGUAAAAUUGUUUGCACAUAUCACAAUAAAACUUCAAAUAUGCUCUAUAAUACUUUGGUUGCCUUUUUUUUCCUGGACGAAGUGUAAAAAAAUGCAAUUUCUGUACAGUGAUGCCUCUGUGAUGCCAUCCUAAAGCCAUUUCCAACCAAGCAAGGGCACUAUAAUACACCUCAAAGGGUAAGCUUUCAUUUGUGAUCAAGAUCAUGCUUCUAGCACAAAGGGUUCUUGUUCAGUAAGACUUUAUUUGGAGGGUGCGUUUUGGCUAUCCAAAAGGCACCUUUGGAGUCUCCAAAUGGUACUCUUUGGACACUUGGAAAAAACGCAUGUGCAUAUCCACACAUCUUUGACUUAGGAAAGGUCAUACAUAGCUGUAUGAAGUUCUCCUGUGACAUUGAGCUUCAGUGGACCUGGGAGUAAGUCCCAAAUGUGUUUCUAGGGCCAAAUGUAUCAGCUAGCUUGCUGAAAUGUGGUAAUUUCCUGGGAUUUUCAUAACCGCUUUUCAGAAAAAAGUUGUUCC